UCUUGACCUCAAUUAUCUGGAAUUUUCAGUUUCAGAACAUUCAUUCUCACCAUGGAAUCCAAAAAAAGUCCCCCUUUCCACGAGUGUGUACUGCCCUACAUCGCAAGAUGCAAGUACCUAAUGUAAAGCAGAUUUUUGGAGUCAGAAAUGGUCGAACUUUGCUCAUCAACCAGCUGCGAUUCCUUGAAGAUUCACCAGAGAUUACUUGAGUCCAAAAGCGAAGUCGUGGCUGCCGCAUUCCAGCGCGAUUUUCCAGAACGCCAUUCUAGGUGUUACACGUUCACCGAGACCGCUCAUGUCACUGUCUCGCAGUUUAUCGAAUGGGCAUAUAGUGGGGACUAUACUGACGUGAAACCUAUGCCUAUCGACAAGCCUUGGGAGAAACAACCGGGAAAUCCUCCAGAGCCAACAACUCUAGAGCCGCCGGAUGAACUUUCGGAGGAGAGCAAGGUCCUACCCGCGCACACACUGUUAUCUCAUCUACAUGUCUACGUAUUCAGCCAUGUUUAUCAAGUCUCAAAGCUCAAAGAGCUGGCGUUUGAUAAAUUUACGACGGUCUUGAAGGAUAUGGGAAAGCCAACAAAACUCGAUGAGCAGCUUGCGGUCAUUGAUUGUCUUGAGGUUGUAUUUUCGAAAGUGGAUCGCUAUGAUGGGCUUCGAGGGUGGCUAGCUCAAUAUGCUGCUUGGUGCUUGGAUACCUUACGUCUUCAAGGCAAAUUUCAUGGUCUGCUGCGGAGGGUGCCGGCCCUGAGUUCGCGCAUGAUGGAAUCACUGAGCCCAGCAAAAGAAGCUCCUUGGAACACGAAGUCGUGCAAUUACCGUGUCCCACCUUAUGAUACCCGUACUAGCUUCGAUGAAGAGAGUGAAUAUUAAGGGAGCAGAGUACUGCAAGCUUGAUUCGGGCAACCUCCGCUUGAGCCGUCUGGGGAUUGAUGUGGAGAGUCGUUAACGCGUAUGUCUUCCGGAUUCAAUUUAUUCGAUUAAAUUUAUUGGGUUUAAUUUAAGUUUCACCAUCGUUUGUCCCCUGUCGACCCGGUCACUAUAACUAAUGGACUGAGCGGUUAGUGCGAAGGCAUAGUUGAAUGACCAGAUAAUUGAGGUCAAGAGGUGACCUCUGGCAAAGGUUUGGCUGUUCUGCCAGAAGUUGAAAAUCAAGUAAGGAGAAAGAAACCCUUGCCUUGAUGCCCACAAUUUUGGCAAUUUUGCACACUGCCUAUCUGUA